GUUGUGGGCAGCUCAGCUGUCACGCACGCACGCACACAGGUGGUGUAAGACAAUAGCUGUGGAGUCAGCUGGCUCCUACUGCCGGCAGCCAAGCGCCAGCCAGAGUGCCAGGGAGCCGGACGGGCAGCAGGGAGCAGGACAGCCACACCAGUGCCUAUGGAGCUCCCGGCUUUCCUCCUGCUGCUGGGCUUCUGCUCCGCUGGCCCCGUCCUGGGCUCCGAACAUGAGACGCGUCUGGUGGCGAAGCUAUUUAAAGACUACAGCAAUGUGGUGCGGCCGGUGGAGGACCACCGGGAGAUCGUACAGGUCACCGUGGGUCUACAGCUGAUCCAGCUCAUCAACGUGGAUGAAGUAAAUCAGAUCGUGACAACCAACGUGCGUCUGAAACAGCAAUGGGUAGAUUCCAACCUGAAGUGGAAUCCGGAGGAGUAUGGAGGAGUGAAAAAGAUUCACGUCCCGUCGGAAAAGAUCUGGCGGCCAGACUUUGUUCUGUACAACAAUGCGGACGGCGACUUUGCCAUUGUCAAAUUCACCAAAGUGCUUCUGGACUACACCGGUCACAUCACCUGGACGCCUCCAGCCAUCUUUAAGAGCUACUGUGAGAUCAUUGUCACCCACUUUCCCUUUGACGAGCAGAACUGCACCAUGAAGCUGGGCACCUGGACGUAUGACGGCUCGGUGGUGGCCAUCAACCCGGAGAGCGACCAGCCCGACCUGAGUAACUUCAUGGAGAGUGGAGAGUGGGUGAUCAAGGAGGCCCGGGGCUGGAAGCACUGGGUGUUUUACUCCUGCUGUCCUAACACCCCCUAUCUGGACAUCACCUACCACUUCGUCAUGCAGCGCCUGCCCCUCUACUUCAUCGUCAAUGUCAUCAUUCCCUGCCUGCUCUUCUCCUUCUUGACCAGCCUGGUGUUCUACCUGCCCACAGACUCAGGGGAGAAGAUGACGCUGAGCAUCUCCGUCCUGCUGUCGCUGACCGUGUUCCUCCUGGUCAUCGUGGAGCUGAUCCCGUCCACCUCCAGCGCCGUGCCUUUGAUCGGGAAAUACAUGCUGUUCACCAUGGUCUUCGUCAUCGCCUCCAUCAUCAUCACCGUCGUCGUCAUCAACACGCACCACCGGUCACCCAGCACCCACGUCAUGCCCGAGUGGGUGAGGAAGGUUUUUAUUGACACCAUUCCAAAUGUCAUGUUUUUCUCCACAAUGAAAAGACCAUCCAGAGACAAGCAAGAGAAAAGGAUUUUUACAGAAGACAUAGAUAUCUCUGAUAUCUCCGGGAAGCCGGGGCCUCCACCCGUGGGUUUUCACUCUCCACUGAUUAAGCACCCUGAGGUGAAAAGUGCCAUCGAGGGGGUCAAGUACAUCGCGGAGACCAUGAAGUCAGACCAGGAGUCCAACAAUGCUUCGGAGGAGUGGAAGUAUGUUGCCAUGGUAAUGGACCACAUUCUCCUUGGAGUCUUCAUGCUGGUAUGUCUCAUCGGGACACUGGCUGUGUUUGCAGGUCGGCUCAUUGAGUUACAUCAGCAAGCAUGAACAGAAGCUGAGCUGAGCCUACCUCUGCCCCAGCCCCAACCAGCCCUGGGAAUGCUGGGAAAAGAGGAAGCUCUGUCUGAUCCCUUCACAGUUAGCAAACUUGCAAUGUCCUACCUACAUAUCCUGUUAAUGAUCUCGAUUUGCUCCUCUAUGGUCUUUUCCCCUUUGUUUCUGAACCCUUUGCAAGUAAAUGGAAGUGAGUAUUCAAAAGAAGUGUUCAUUUCUAAUUUGAAUGCUCAAGGUUUUCUGUUGUGUUGUCAUUGCUAAUUGUUUAUUAUUUCUUUCCUUUAAAAAAAUAGAACUGUACAUUGCAUGAGUGUUUUGCCUGCACUUAAUGUCUCAUACACAUGCCUGGUAUCCAUGAAGGUCAGAAGAGGGUAUUGAGUCCCCUGCAACUGGAAUAAAAAAUGUUUGUGAGCCACCACGUGGAACCUGGGAACUGGGUCCUCUGAAAGAGCAGCCAGUGUUUUUAACACUAAGCCAUCUCUCCAGCCCUGUCGUUAUUUUUAAAGCAUGGAGAGUUCUUUCCUUAAUACAUACAGUUUCACACCUACUAUGAAAGCCCUGACUGCCAGAUUUCCCAAAGACAAAGCAUUUGAUGUGGACACGGUGGA